GUGCUCUUCUAGGUUGCAGAGAUGGAGGAAAUGACCAUUUGGGAGCAAUAUACCAUUACAUUGAACAGGGAUCCCCGGAAGGGUUUUGGCAUCGCCAUUUCGGGUGGCCGCGAUCGUCCAAACAGUUCAGAUGGCGACACCUCUAUUGUCAUAUCAGAUGUGGUGCCUGGAGGACCGGCUGUUGGCCGACUCCAGACCCGGGACAAGAUUGCCAUGGUCAACGGCCUCUCCAUGGAGAACGUAUCUUCGUCUUUUGCCAUCUCCACUUUGAAAACUUGUGGCAAGUUGGCUAAUAUUACGGUCAAAAGGCCCAGAAAAAUCCACUUGCCAGUUGCCAAAUCCAGCCAGCCAAGAAGCCAGCCUCUCUUGACGCCUACUAAACACCUGACAGAUGGGAGAAAUGAGGACUCGGAUGAGGACUAUGGGUACCGGGGUGGUGAGUCGGGCAGACACCCCGGGCAGAGCCGACAGCGGACAGAAGCAGAACAUAACCGCGGUUACGAUGGAGACUCGUCCAGCGAGAGAAGUUCGGGACAUUAUCGUGAUGAUGACAAUGAUAGCACCCACAGGCAGCCCCUCAGGAGCCGGAUGCGGAGCCAAGAGGGGGGCUACCGGAGGAGGAGCCAAGACAGCGGGUCUGAUAGGGCGCCUUUGGCCAAUGGGCACCAUCACAAAGGAAGCACCAGCGGGCUUGUCCUGAUGUCUGGGUUUAAGCGACUGCCAAGGCAGGACGUGCCGAUGAAACCCGUCCGCUCGGUUUUGGUGAAACGUAAGGAGAGUGAAGAAUACGGGCUGAAGCUGGGGAGCCAGAUUUUCAUCAAACACAUCACUGAGACAGGAUUGGCGGCCAAGGAUAAUUCCCUGCAGGAAGGGGACCUUAUCCUCAAGAUCAAUGGCGUUGUCAGCAAGAACAUGUCUUUGGAAGAGACACGGCAACUGAUCGAACAGUCCGAGGGAAAACUUACCUUACUCGUUUUACGUGAUAACAGCCAAUUCUUGGUCAACAUCCCGCAAGUGAGAGACAGCGAUACGGAAAGUUCCCACCUGGACGAUCCCGAGGAAUCCCCCCCCAAUGAGUACAAUUUCCAAGGGAAUAAUUCCAUCAUACAAAAUGAUGGGAUUUCAGGGUACAGCCCCGAUUCGAAGGUGGUGCGUUUUAUCAAAGCCAAGAGCAUCGGCCUCCGUCUGGCAGGUGGGAAUGACGUUGGGAUAUUUGUGGCUGGCGUGCAGGAGGGCAGCCCGGCUGAGAUUCAAGGCCUCCAAGGAGGUGACCAGAUCCUUCAGGUGAACGAGAAGCCCUUCCACAACUUGACUCGCGAGGACGCUGUGCAGUACUUGAUGGAGUUGCUCCCAGGAGAAGAAGUGACGUUCCACGUUCAGAACAAACAGGACAUUUACAAGAAGAUGGUCAAAUCCAACCUGGGCGAUUCGUUCUAUAUCCGCACCCACUUUGAUUUUGAGAAGGAUACGCCUUCCGCCCUGAGCUUCACACGGGGAGAAGUCUUCCAUGUGGUAGACACCAUGUAUCGGGGCCGGAUGGGAAGCUGGCUCGCUCUGCGGAUGGGAAAGGAACUUCAAGAGAUGGACAAGGGCAUCAUCCCAAACCAGAGCAGGGCAGAACAGUUUGCCAGUCUGGAAUCGGUUCUCAAAGCGACCUCAAAGACCUCCAGCGUUUUAGGGGCUCGAGCAGAGUUCUGGAAACUUCGAGGUUUGCGGGGAGCCAAACGGAUGCUGCGCAAAAGCCGGGAAGAUCUUUCCACCCUCACCAAGCAGGGCCACUACCCGCCAUACGAGAAGGUCGUACUCAAGGAAGCAACUUUUAAGCGUCCUGUGGUGAUCCUGGGCCCCAUUGCUGAUAUCGCCAUGCAGAAGCUGAGCACGGAGAUGCCAGAUCAAUUUCAGAUUGCAGAGAGUGUUAUCAGAGAAGGAGGAUCAUCCAAAGUGAUCAAACUGGACACCGUGUGGCAAGUUGCAAAGCAGGAUAAGCAUGCGUUGCUGGAUAUUACACCGGCCGCUGUGGAACGUCUCAAUUAUGUGCAGUAUUUCCCCAUUGUGGUCUUUUGUGAGCCGGACAGCCGGCAAGGAAUCAAGGCCAUGCGGCAGUGGCUGGCGCCAGAUUCCAAGAAGAGUUCGCGCCGCCUCUUCGCGCAGGCCGCCAAGAUGCAGAAGUAUUGCAGCCACCUCUUUACAGACACCAUCAGUCUGGCCGGGGGGUCCAACAACUGGUACCAGACCCUGAAGGAGAUUAUCCAAAUUCAGCAGGCCCGUUCUGUCUGGAUGACUGAAGAACAGGUGGAUGCUUCAGCUGAGGAGAGUCUGGACAUAUUAAACCAGACCUCGGCCAUCAGUAUGGGCGACCUGACUUGUGACAGUCGGGCCAACAGUGAUUAUGAGGAAACGGACGCAGAAGGAGAACCUUAUACGGACCAGGAACUGGACGAGCCCUAUCAAGAGGCAGCUCUGAGCCGUUCUUCAGAGCCAGCAGAACAAAGCCUGGAUCGGGAGUUGAAUGAGCGUGUGGCAGCUGCUCUGGCCUACCCCAUUGACGUGCACGAGAGUGAUCACCAGCCCCAAGGACAGUGGCACAGCAAUUAUGACAUCAGGGAAUACGAACAUGAGGCGCUACGGAAGAAGUUCACCCAUGCGCAGUCUUACGACUCUGAGUCAGACCAGGACUAUGGUUAUGACUGGGGACCUGCCACAGAUCUGUGACCACAUCAGCAGCCACGUGGCCUCCUGCAACUUUCUUGGGUGGCCGUGCAAAGCUGUCCUUGUCAUUCCAAUUUUGGUGAAACUCUUCAAAGACCUUUGCGCUCCUAUAAGAGGCACUAAAAACAUACGAGGUAUGGCAAGAUUUUGAGCCCCUGGAAGUCCUCGUGACCAGCUUUGCCUCGUAUGCUUGUUCCGGAAAUGUUGCUUUUC